UUUAAUACGAAAAAUGCAAAAACCACUUUCUAACGAUUUGGUUGAAGUUUUAAUUAAACCAAAUAAUAUGAGAACAGCAAUUGAAAUAAGGCAUAUAGCAUUAUGGUUUAAAGAAAAUAUUCUGGCAUUUAAAGAUGUUUCUGUAGAGAUACUCAUGAAACUGGUAGCUGAAUGUAAGGCAGAAUUCAAAUAUCCCCAUGACAUAAUAAUUCGAGAAGGUGAUAUUGGUGACUGCAUGUAUAUAUUACUCUCUGGUCGUGUAUCGGUUCAUUAUCGUGGAGAUCAAAAUGCUGUAAUAAAUGAAGAGAUACAUGAAUUGAUGAAUGUUAAAUCCAACAGUUUUAUACCCGUCAAACAAAAUGUUUCAGACAUCAUCAACCAAGAGUUCGGACCUCAAGUUGGUCAACUAGAAGCUGGUUCAGUAUUUGGUGAAGUUGCAUUAAUUGAAGAUUGUUUAAGAACUGCAAGUAUUUUAGCCUUACCAAAUACUAAUGAAUUCAAUCAACAUGAAUCAUCAUUCAAUCAUCAUGAUCAUCAUCAGCAACAACAACAAUCAUCAUCAUCAUUAACAAAACAAUCAGAGAAACAAUCUGUUUGUUUAGUAAAUAUUUCAAGAACAUUAUAUAAUAAUACUGUACGGAUAGCAAUUGAAAAUGAAUUUCAUGAAAGAAUAAAAUUUGUUAAAAAUAUAAUUUAUUUUCAACAUUUAUCUGAUAAAAUACAAAAACAAAUUGCUAUGAGUUUAGAAAAACAAAAAUAUGAAUAUAAUCAAGUGGUUUUAAAACAAGGAAGUUCGUUCAAUGGUUUAUAUUUUGUUUACAGAGGUGAAUUGCGAGUAACACUUCAUGUUAAGCAAUAUCGAACAUCAACAACUUAUCGAAAUAAUUAUAGAUCUGUAAAAUAUGAUCUACCAUUGAUAACUGGAUCCAACCCAAUUACACCUGAGAAAACAGGAUCAUUAUGUAUUGGUGAUAUAGAAUUUUUAUUAAAAUAUCCAAAUUACUUAUUUACUAUAAUAUCAAAUACAUCAUAUACAAUAUUAUAUUAUAUGAAUAGAAAAAAUGCAGAAAGAUAUUUAUUUGGUUUACAUAUAAAAUAUAAUUAUUAUGAAUUAUUAAUGAUACAAUUAACAAUUAAUAAAUUUUCACAAUUCAUUCAAUUAAGAUUACAUAAUCUUAUUCAUUAUGUACCAAAUAAUUAUAAAAUUAUUUUAUUAAAUUUAUUAAAUAAUUUAAUAAAUAAUAAAUUCAAUCAAGAAAAAUAUAAAAAAUUUAAUAAAAUUAAAAAAAAUUUAAAAAAUAAUUAUAAUUUAAUAAAUUUUAAUCAAACUUUUAUUGAUCAAUAUAAAUAUAAUAAUAAAUUAUUUCAUGAAAAAAAUAAAAAAAUAAAACAAGAAAAAAAUUUUUCUAAUAAAAUCAAUGAAACAUUAGAUGAUACUAAUAAUAAUUUAUCAUUUAAUAACUUAAUGAAAUUUAAUGAAAAUUCAUUGAAUUCAUUAAAUAUUGAUCAAUUACAGUUUAAUUCAUUAAAUAAAUCAAUAAAUAGAAAUGAAUUAAUAGAAAUAAUUCAUUCAAAUUUACCAUAUGAUUAUAAAUUAAAUGCUGGACGUUUAUUACAACAAUUAUAUAAUCAUAAAUUACAAAUAAAAAUUGAAAAUUUUAUUAAAAAUUUAAAUGAUUUUAAAUUAAAUCAAUUAAAUGAAAAUAGUACACAAAUAAAUUAUUAUCCAAUAAUUUCUGAACAGGCACAUGAGUCAGAAAAGUCGUCUUUGAUGACCCAUAAAAGAAGACUUCCACCAUCGUUUGUUGGUAUGUGUAAUUGGUUACCAAAUAUGUAAAGAAAAACUAACAAGAGGAGUAAAAUAUAGAUUGUUGUUCUAAAUGAAACUGUUUUAUGAUUAAAUUUUCAUAGAAAUAUAUAUUUCUCAAGAGUCUUAA